AUGACGGCGCCGGCGGAGGCGUGGGUGCCGGUCCCGCUCUCUGUGGCCUGGCGCGGCACCAGCACCGAUCUGGAUCGUCCCCAACCUUUAGCCCACGACCACUUCACCCGACGACAGCACCGACUGGGAAUCAUGAACCCGGAGACCAAAAUCAUCCUCGAAGAGAUCAACCGCCGUUUCAACGAGCAUGACCAGAAGUGGGAUUCGCGUUUUGCGGAUCAAGAUGCGCGCCUCUCUCGCCAGAUCCGGGACUUCGAGCAGGCGCAGGAGGGGCGCAUGGCGGCUCUGGAGAAGGUCACCGCGUCGCUCGAUGAGUGGCGGCCGUCGAUUGAAGGCAUCGUUGACGACAUGAAGCUCGACAUCUCGAAGUCCAAGUUGGAGGUGUCGAAGAUCUCUCGCAACUGGGAGCGGGCGAUCCUGGAGCAACCGGCUUACCACGCCGGGCGUCUUUGCCGCCGUUCCGUCAGUUGUCGAGCGUCCAUUCAUCAACGCUCCAGCAAAUCUGCCCAAUGGGCACUACGUCAACAAUCACCACCGGGAGAGUGGAUUUGGGGUAGUUUCUACCCUGAUUCAUUCCCCGGUCAAGGUGGUACCACCGGGGUGGGGCAUAAUGGGUUCCAGCCACCCAAACUUCCUAAAUUUGAUUUUCCUAAGUUUGACGGAUCCCAACCUAAAUACUGGCUUAGUCAAUGCAAGGAUUACUUUGAUCUAUAUGGUACUGAACCUCACAUGUGGGUUAGGGUCGCAAAAAUGCAUUUCACACACGCUGCUAAGCGUUGGUACCCUUCUGUUGAAUCCCAGCUCCAAUCCGCUACUUGGCCUACUUUUACUCGUUUUGGCCAGGAUGAGCAUGAGCUUUUGCUUAGACAACUUUUCCAAAUCCGUCAAACUAAUUCUGCUCAAGAGUACAUAGACCAAUUCAUUGCUAUCGUCGAUGAUUUAUCAGCUUAUGGUGGUACCACAGACCCUCUCUACUAUGCUAUGAGAUUUGUUGAUGGUUUGAAAGAUUAUAUUAGAGCUGCAGUGGCUUUGCAUCGUCCCCAAAAUCUGGAUACUGCUUGCCUUCUUGCUAAAUUACAGGAGGAGGUUGCUGAUCCGGCCAAGAAGAGGGACUUCCGCCGUGCAGAACAUCCGGCGGGGCCCCAUCCGUACGCUCCGCGGGCGCUUCCUCUACCUCCACCACCUCCCCGUCUUGCACUCCCGGCCGCCGAGGUGAAGCCGGUUGUGGACGCUGGGCGUGGCCCUACCUUGGAUGAACGCUGGUCCGCUCUCCGCACGACCCAGCGUGCUCAAGGCCUCUGUAUGAGGUGUGGUGGCAAAUGGAGUCGUGAUCAUCAAUGCCCUGCUGCCGUCCAACUACAUGUCGUUCAAGAGCUGCUGGAUGUUUUUCAUGAAGCCACUCCUAUUGAAGCUGCGGAUUCAGUUCAGGAAACAGAGCCAGAGCAGUUGUUUCUCUCUUUAUCAAUGGCAGCGGAUUGUCAGUUUUCUUCAGAUUUGAAGGUUCUUCCAUUGUCCUCUUAUGACAUGAUCUUGGGUCUGGAUUGGCUGGAAGCCCAUAGUCCGAUGGCAGUCCAUUGGGGUCAGAAGUGGAUUCAGCUCCAACAUCAGGGCAUUACUGUUCAGUUAGUGGGUAUUCUGCCGGAUCUGACAGCUGAAGCAGUUUUACAGCUAUGUUCUCUUGAUCAUCAGCAGCCUUCUGAUCCUCCUGCUUAUCCUGUCGAAGUUCGGCAACUGAUACAAGAUUACUCGGGGUUGUUUGAUCCGCCAAAUCAGUUGCCUCCUUCUCACAACUGUGAUCAUUCAAUUCCCCUAGUUCCUGGUGCAGCUCCGAUCUAUUCUCGUCCUUACCGUUUCUCCCCAGCUAUCAAGGAUGAGUUCUUCGUCGGAGACUCAGAGGCAACUGGCGUUGUUGACGUCGUCCUUGCGCGGAGCAGGUGGUCGGCCGGGCUCCUGCCAACCCUGUCGAACCUCUUGGACGAGUCCACGUCCACCGUGAAGACGGCGCGGACGGGGCGGUGGUCCGACAGCAGGGACUCGCAGCGGCAGUACCGGGUCUGCCUGAGCCCUGCGCCGCAUCACAGGAUGCGGUCGCACCACGUUAGCGCGCGCCGCUUGUUACGGACGCCGUGGCCCCCGGCGGCGGUGGCGCAGCCAUAG